GAUCGCACAGCAAUGGCGUCUUCCACACAGGAGGAAAGCGUGAGUGCAACGCGCUCGGAGAAGAAAGCAAAAAACAGUAAACACGAGGUGGACGAGUCGGAGCUUCUCACGGUUCCUGAUGGAUGGAAAGAGGUGCCCUUCACCAGAGAGGACAACCCCAGGGGUCUGUUGGAGGAGAGCAGCUUCGCCACGCUCUUCCCCAAAUACAGAGAGGCUUAUCUCAAAGAAUGCUGGCCCCUGGUCCAGAAAGCGCUUGGCGAAUUAUACAUCAAAGGUACCUUGGACCUGAUUGAGGGAAGCAUGACAGUUAGCACCACAAAGAAGGCAUUUGACCCAUACGCUAUAGUUCGAGCCAGAGACUUGAUAAAGCUGUUGGCCAGGAGCGUACCAUUUGAGCAAGCUGUACGGAUUCUUCAGGAUGACAUGGCUUGUGACAUUAUUAAAAUUGGGACUCUAGUACGGAACCGAGAGCGCUUUGUUAAAAGGAGACAGAGACUUAUUGGACCUAAAGGGUCUACUCUUAAGGCCUUAGAGCUGCUGACUAGCUGCUACGUCAUGGUGCAGGGGAACACCGUUUCAGCCCUGGGACCCUUCAGUGGCCUCAAAGAGGUAAGGAAAGUUGUUAUGGAUACAAUGAAGAACAUUCACCCAAUAUAUAACAUCAAGGCUCUAAUGAUUAAACGGGAGUUGGCCAAAGACCCUGAACUGCGGACACAGAGCUGGGACAGGUUUCUGCCAUCUUUCAAACAUAAGAACCUGGCCAAGCGCAAGGAGCCCAAGAAGAAGACUGUCAAGAAGGAGUAUACUCCUUUCCCACCCCCACAGCCUGAGAGCCAGAUUGACAAGGAGCUGGCAACUGGGGAGUUCUUCCUGCGAGAGAAUCAAAAAAGGAGGAAGAAAAUGGAGGAAAUCAAGGUGAAACAGGCUGAAGCUCUGAGCAGAAAACAGGAGGAAAGGAACAAGGCUUUUAUCCCUCCGAAGGAGAAACCUGCUGUGAAGAAACAAAAGAAAGCUUCCACAGAAGGUAAAAUAGACAUUGAGGCCAUCAAAGACAAAGUGAAGAAGGCCAAGAAUAAGAAGCUGGGAGCACCUCCGGUAAAUGUGGCCACUGCCACCACUGCAGGUAGUGAGAAGAAAAUGAAGAACAGAUGACACUGCAGCCUCUGUGGCUGUCGCUGCACCAUGGACUGACACUUUGUCACAUACUUAAACUGGUAAUAUGUUUCCAUAUCCCUGGUUAAUAUCUCAGUGUGUUUGACUUGUACAAUUGUUCUGAUUUCCUGUAGUGGCACAGAUACUUAUUUGUACUUAAGUGAAAUAUUACUCCUUGUUUUGAUAUCAAUCUGUGUGCAAGAUGUUUUUGAAGGCCUACGUUUCCUCACUCACUUUCACUUGGUUGUGUUUUGUUAUUUAGGAUAAAAUACGUAGACGUUCCCUCUUGCUUGAGCCAUCUUGGUGUCUUAUAAGUGCUUCCCUUUAUUUAACCAAGAAGUUUUGUUUAAGUUUUCUGAUUUAUCCCCUAUGUGAUUUCAGGUGCUGGAACUGUUCAAGUAGGUAGAAUGGGUACUGAACCAGCAUCCAUGAGCAUAUUUCAUGGUUUUGAUGGUAUCUCAUUUGCUUUAUUGUGUGUACCAUAAGCCUCUUCAACAUUCUAUGAUUGAUUUCACUUCUUUCUCUACCUCCACAGAUGUGAGCAUGGGAUACCUUAAAAAAAAAAAAAAAGAGUUUGACAGAUUUAGUCUUUCAUUAAAAAGGUGAAACACAACCAGGGAGUUUUUUUGAAAUAUGUGACUAACCACACUCUGCAAAACAGCAAUUGAGCCAUGUUGUCAUGUCUCCUUGCUUUUAUGUGGUUAACAUGCUACAAACAAGAAGUAGCCUGUGAAAUAGGCAUCAAGGAGCAUAAGAUACUACAUCAGUACAUUUUACUCUGAGGAAGUGAAAAUCUAAGAUAAAACUAAAUAUUUUUUAUACUUUCCUUUAUCAUUAUAGAUACAAGGUUUUAGCUGGUCCAGUGCUGAAAAAAAUGUAUAUCUCUGUUUAUCUUGAUCCACGGGCCUUCACAUGUGUGUUUCUCACCUUGACAUUGUGUGUGUGUGUGUGUGUGUGUGUGUGU